AUGCUGGGACCUAUAACAGUGGAACGAUCUAUUCCACCUUUGGCUCCUGUGCUCGAAUCCGAAUCCACGCCUGCAGAACGGAGAAAGUAUUUUACUGAUGAAUCCCACCGCAAAGAAGACUUGAUCCAAGCCGAUUUCGUACACGGCUAUCUCCAAUUCCCGUCACUUACGAUGGCGCUCCCCGGGGGAUUGCAGUUCGACCUAAUGUAUUAUUAUGAUGAGCGGCCCGUUCAUUUUAUCUGCAAGGAGCGAGGCACCGAAAAAACCUUGUUUGUUGUAUCAUUUGUGGUGAUCAAGGAUACUGGUGUACCAGACCAAGGGAACGACAAUGAUGCCACGCCCGUGGAUUCUUCAGACAUUGACUAG